UAUAUACACGAAAGUAGUAGAUCAACUAGAAGUUAAACAUCGAUCAGAGAGAGAGAGAGAGAGAGAGAUAAUGGGAAGGGGACGAAUUCUAGCUCUCCCAUAUCCAGCACAAGGAUAUGUGAGCCCUAUGAUGGCCCUUUGUCGUGUAUUAGAAAAACUUGGUUUCAAAGUCACAUUUGUGAACACAGACUUCAACCACAAGCGUAUCAUGAGAGCAGGGGUUGGGAGGGAUAGCCUAAGCAUGGGUUCGAACAACAUUAAUUUUGUGUCAAUCCCAGAUGGGUUGGAUCCUGAGGACGAGAGAAACGAACAUGAAUUCCCCAAGUUGUGUCAAUCCAUGUUACUUACCAUGCCUGCAAAGCUUGAGGAGCUCGUACGAGGUAUUAAUAAUAAUGCUGCUACUCAUGACGAUGACAAGAUUACUUAUUUCCUUACCGAUGGAAUCAAUGGACGCGGGACUGAUCAAUCGCCGGAAGAAGUGGAAAACAUACUAAGUCUCCCAACAGGCGAUUCAGACACGCCAAAGAUCAUGUUUGAAUAUAUGGCACGAAACCUUAAAGCCAUGAAAAAGACGGAGUGGUGGCUUUGUAAUUCAGCAUAUGAACUGGAGCCGGAUGAGUUUGCUAAGGUUCCAAGACUACUACCAAUCGGCCCAAUUCAGACAGAGAUCAGUGGGAGCUCGAGGGCACAGUUCUUCCAAGAAGACUCCUCUUGCCUAGAAUGGCUCGACCAGCAGCCACCCUGCUCAGUCAUAUACGUUGCUUUUGGCAGCAUCGUAACUUUUGAACCAACCCAAUUCCAAGAGCUAGCUCUCGGACUUGACCUCACCAACAGGCCUUUCCUUUGGGCGGUGCGUCCAAAUAUCAUCAACAGCUCAAGCUGUGCAUUUCCAGAUGAAUUCAAAGGCACUCGUGGGAAGAUUAUAACUUGGGCACCUCAACCAAGAGUCUUGAAUCACCCCUCCAUCGCCUGUUUUCUAAGCCAUUGUGGUUGGACUUCCACCAUAGAAGGUUUAUCAAAUGCUGUGCCUUUUUUGUGCUGGCCCUUCGUUGCUGACCAGAUCACUAACAAGAAGUGCAUUUGCGAUGUGUGGAAGGUUGGAGUAGGAAUAUUUGACCCUGAUGACAAUCAUGGAAUCAUUCCACGCAGUGAAAUUAAGAAGAAGGUUGAUCUACUGCUCGGCGAUGAUAACAUUAGGGCAAGAUCUUCACAACUUAGGGACACGGUCCUGAGCACUACUGCGGAAGGUGGUCGGUCCUCCAAGAAUCUCAACAACUUCCUCAAUUGGCUCAGGGAAUAAUGAAGAUCGAUCGAUCAUAGCAAGCUGGCCAGUGCAUGCAUGCUUUUUUUUUUUAAUUAUUGGAAGUUCAAAUUUCCGUCCGUGAAGAAACUCGAUCUUGAGAAGAUCUCGAAGCAAAUAAAAUAUAUAUAUAUAUAUAUGCAGAAUCUGGUUAAUUUGCAAUAAUAUUGUUAUCUCAUGACCUCUUUUCUUAAAUAAUUGUUGAUCUUAAUUUGAAUACAGUAGUAGGACGUACUAAUUUUCCUCGAUC